CCAAUAUGGCGUCGCCCUUUACGGAUUUUGGACCAUAGUAAAAAGCCUGCAUGUCAUCUCUAGUGAUGUACCUCGUUGGGCCUGUAGACCUGUACUUCUGGAGGUGGUCGUGAAGGGUGGGGGCAGCCGCGUGCCGCAGCGCGAGGACCUAACGAGACCGAAGAAGAAAGCCACGUCACGAGAAAAAGAUGUCAGCGUCCUAUGAAGCUUUGUGUCUGCGGACCACGCCGGACAAGUUCUACAUAGAGUCGUGCGGGGAGGACUGUGAGGAUGCUCUGGUCAUCGAUAGGGUCUCCUCUGAGAUCCUCCUGUCCGGGAGGAAAGACAUCCCUACAUCAGCCGAGACCAGGAUCAUAUGUGGGGUCAUGGGGACCAUUCAUCUAGUAGCAGGCAUGUAUCUGGUGGUGAUCACGGACAAGGUGAAGGUGGGAGAUCUGCUUGGUCAUGCUGUCUGGAAGGCUGUGGACUUUGACAUUAUCUCCUACAAGAAGACAAUUCUGCAUCUGAACGACUCCCAGACGCAGGACAACAAGACCUUCCUGUCCAUGAUCAACGGCGUGCUUCACACCGAUGCCUUCUAUUUUGCCACCGCCUACGACCUGACCCACACUCUGCAGCGGCUAGCCAACACCAGCCCCGACUUCCAGGACACCAGUCUGCUGGAGAGGGCAGACCAGCGUUUUGUCUGGAACGGUCACCUGUUGAGGGAGUUCAUGUCUCAGCCUGAGUUGCACAAGUUUGUGGUUCCUGUGAUCCAUGGUUUCAUCAGUAUCAAGUCCAGCUGCAUCAAUGGGAAGAAGUUUGAUUGGAGCAUCAUCUCCAGGCGGAGCUGCUUCAGAGCCGGCGUGCGCUACUACGUACGAGGGAUAGACGUGGAGGGACACGCUGCCAACUUUGUUGAAACCGAGCAGAUUGUGCAGUAUGGUGGAUACAAAGCUUCGUUUGUCCAGACCCGAGGCUCCAUCCCUUUCUUCUGGUCUCAAAGGCCCAAUCUGAAGUACAAGCCCAAACCACAGAUCAGCAAGGCGGGGAACCACGUGGAUGGGCUGCAGAGGCACUUCGACUCUCAGAUUCUGCUGUACGGCAGACAGGUGGUGCUGAACCUGAUUAACCAGAAAGGCUCAGAGAAGCCUCUGGAACUGGCCUUCAGAAACCUGGUGACUAGCCUCGGUACCGGCAUGGUCAGGUACGUGGCCUUCGACUUCCAUAAGGAGUGCAGUCGCAUGAGGUGGCACCGCCUGCAGAUCCUGGUGGACAUGGUGGCCGAGGCGCAGGAGGAGUUUGGCUUCUUUCUAGUGGACUCUGAUGGGAAGGUGCUGCUCAGUCAGGACGGCACCUUUCGAAGCAACUGCAUGGACUGUCUGGACCGAACCAACGUGAUCCAGAGCCUGCUGGCCCGGCGCUCCCUCCAGGCUCAGCUACAGAGGAUGGGCGUUCUGCACUCGGGCCAGAAGAUCGAGGAGCAGUUGGACUUUGAAAAGACAUUUAAGAAUGCCUGGGCAGACAACGCCGAUGCGUGUGCGAAGCAGUACGCCGGCACCGGGGCCCUGAAGACCGAUUUCACCAGGACUGGUAAGAGAACCCAUCUGGGUCUGCUGAUGGACGGCUGGAACUCCAUGAUCCGGUACUACAAAAACAACUUCUCUGACGGCUUCAGACAGGACUCCAUCGAUCUGUUCCUGGGGAACUACGUUGUGGAUGAGGCUGACUCGAGUUCCCCGCUGCAGGAACAGAAGGACUGGAAGUUCCUGACGCUGCCCAUCAUCAUGGUCGUAGCCUUCUCCAUGUGCAUCAUCUGCCUCCUGAUGGCCGGGGAGACCUUGACGGAGACUCUGGCGUAUGUUCUGUUCUGGGGGACAGCCAGCGUGGCGACUGGGGGCCUGAUCCUCUUCAACGGACGGGACUUUGUGGACGCUCCUCGCCUGGUGCAGAAGGAGAAGCUGGACUGAAUGUUUGCGUGUGGACGGCAGCUGGGCUCCGGAGAGCCCCGUGCCUCGCCCUCGGGCUCCAAGCAGCCUCGCCAUGCCUGGAGCCUUUACUGACACCAGGAUGGAGCCGGGGGUUCUGAUGGGAACAGAACGGGCAGGGAGUCAGACCGAGCGCCGGGCUCGCUGUGGUCCACACAGAGAGGUCACUUUGACUGCUUCGACCAGAAACCGGUCGGUGGCAGAAGCACAGCCACAUCCCAGGCUGUUCUGCAGCGACACGCAGAGGAAGCUGCUGGUUCUGGUUCCGUUCUGAUCAAAGACGUUGACUUCAAAGGAACACUGAACUAUAAAUGACUGCUGCAGUAAAUAAUACUUAAUAAAUCUGAUGUCCAUGCUCAGUGAUCUGCAUAGCUAAGAAUCCCGGACUCUCAUUGGCGGUCCGGGUCAUUCAUCUUCAGGUUUCAGUCCUCAGACUGGACCGGUCUUCUGCACACAAUGGACCUUCUCAAAUCAGAGGAUCUGUACUGAGCCCAGCUGAGCUUGUCUUCCUGGUCUCUCCAGCUCACGGUUUGGCUGUGAUCAUCUGAGCUUAAAGUUUUGAUGCUUCUUUUUAACCGAAGAGGCUCAACUGGAGCUUUUUGAAUGAUUGACAGCACAGACAGCCCAGUCUUCUCUGUGAGAAGACAUUUGGUGAAAUGUCUCCCUCUAGUGGACAGAACAGAACAUUUUAGUUUUUUUAUUUUUAUUAGUGCACAUUGAGAUCCUGUUUCUGUUUGAGUGCAUAAAAAGAGCUCUGAUGUGA